GUAUUUUGUUGGUGUGUUAGACAAGGACUCUGGGCAAAUAGAAGUCUAUAAUGCUGAAAUAUUCAACAUGCAGCCCUUGCUGUCAGAUAACUUAAUACCUGACGACACGAAGGAUUAUCAGAAUAAAUCCUACAGGGAGAAGAUGGAUUUGUGCAUUGAGGCCUUUGGUACCAGCAAGCAGAAGCGAGCUCUGAACACUCGGCGAAUGAAUGCAGUGGGCAAUGAUAUUCUGAAUACUGCUGUGACAAAAGCAGCAGCAAACAUUAUAGAUGCAAAGGGAGUAACAGCUUUGAUCCAGGAUGUGGCCCAAGAUGAUGUACAGAACAUCUCCAUCUUCCUCCCACCGUGUAAUGAAGAUGCUGACAAACCAGAAAAUGUUUACAAGUUUGAGGACAUUCUGUCCCCAGCAGAGUAUGAAGCAUUGCAGGUUCCAGCAGCAGUCUUUGUUAACAUCACUCCAGAAGAAAUCACCAAGAAAACAGAGGAUAAAAGCCAUUGCUCCUUUGUUUUAGAGGAGCUGAAGUUCCUGCCUGCUGAUGAGAAAAGCAGAGAUCACAAAGCCCGAUGCCUCUGGUUCCUGGACACCCUUAUUAAGUUCAGCUACCUGAAAGUGAUCAAGAAGAAGCAUCCAAUGGGUCCUGAAUGCCCACACAUUAUUAGCAGGAAACUCAUGAAGAAUUUCACUUCACUGACCUACAACAAUGGCAGUGUCCAGAAUUUAAUCUCUGCAUCCAUGAAGGCUAAAAUCACAGCAUACGUCAUUGCAUUGGCUCUGCACAUUAACAACUUCCAAACAGACCUCACCAAUCUGCAGAAUGACAUGAAGCUCCAAGAAAGCAGGAUGAUGGACAUCGCAAAGGCCAUGAGGUUGAAGGUCUCCAAGGCAAAGGGGCUGCCGGGACUUGAGAAUGAUCAGAACCACAAGCUGGGCACUCUCUCUCUCCCCUUGCCUGUGCAGAAGGCAUCAGGGAACCAACGGAAGCGCAAGAAAAUGAACUAAAAUGUCUCUGUGAGGUCUGAGCAGGGGCAAAACAGUUCCUUUCUCAACUGCUGUUCUGUACACAGAACAUCAUGGCGAUGCUUUUGUCUGUUGGAUUUGGCUGUCCAGCAUCAGCACAUGAAACCCUGUCUCAAGGCUGGGCUGGAACAGAUGUUCACCUCAUUAAACUG